UACAAAAACGGUAAAGAGAUUAAACCAAGCGAUAAAGCUAAGCCAAGGAAAGUUAAUGACACCGAAUAUGAAUUGGAGAUCCCGGAUGCCAGCAAAGAUGAUACGGCUGAUUAUAAGGUGGUGCUAACAGGUGAGGAUGAUGAAACCGUUGAUUCAUCUUGUGCUCUGACAGUGACACUUCCAACAUUAACAAUUACGAAAGGCUUGGAAGACCAGGAAGCUAAAGUUGGCGAUAAGGUUGCGCUCGGCGUGGAAGUCAGUGCGCCACCAAAAUCUGUGAAAUGGUACAAAAAUGGCAAAGAAAUUACAUCGAGCGAUAAAGUCAAGCCGAUCAAAAUUGAUGAUAAUAAGUAUGCGUUGGAAAUUCCCAGUGCCAGCAAGGAAGAUACUGCUGAUUAUAAGGUUAUUAAAAAUCUCGAAAAAAUUUGCAGAAAAAUGAUCAAAAUAAAUAUGAUUUGGAUUUUAAUUUGA